AUGCCUGUCUCCAACCUCUGCAAGGUCGCUCUCGUUGAUGUCAAGGCCUCUACCAUCAUCAACACUCCUGUCGACAUGGCCAACCCCAAGUGCUCCUGCCACUGCGGUUGCAACAACGUCGUCACAUUUUCCGGAGGGAACCUUUGUGAGCCCUGCAACGAUAACCACAACCAAUUCGACGCAGUGGACUCCCAAACGGGCACCAAAGUCCCUGAAAGCCAGUCUCUUGGAAGCGCUUCCGCUCAUAUCCGUGAAUUUUCCAUCAAAGAGGUUGUUGACUAG